AUGGCUACCGUGCAUUCCGUCGAGUCUGACUCUGGCUCCAGCUUCCUUGGUGAUCGGGUGGCCACGUCCUUCCCUCGGCAUGAGGUUGUAAAGCUUGACGCAGAGACGUUUAUUCAGUGGCAACAACAAGUUCGUCUCAUCCUUCGUGGUUAUGGCUUGCUCGGCUUUCUUGAUGGAACACUGUCGGCUCCACCCUCCUCAUUUCUCUCUUCAUUCACGGAUGUUAGCACUGCCGGUGAUGUCUGGCGUAUGGCGAAUAACUUGUUUGCCGCCGAUACUACUGCAAAGCAAUCUCAGUUGCGCCAUGAUCUUCAUUCUCUUCGAAAAGGUACUCUCUCUGUUCGGUUAUAUGUUGACAGAAUCAAGAAUUUGUGCGCUCUUCUUGCAGCAUCUGGAUCUCCGAUCUCGGAGGCUGAAUGCACGGCGGUUCUUCUUGUCGGUCUUCCGACUGACUUUGAAGCCAUCGUAUCUCACGCGUCGCUCUCUCCGGUUCCGUUAUCUUUUCAACGACUAGUUGAUGCGUUGCUUGAGUGGACUCCGUUGCAGCCGACGGACGGGGGUCUUCGUGGUGGUCGCUUAUCUGGUCGUGGCCGUGGUCGAACCUUCCGUCCAUGCAUACAAUGCCAGAUUUGCAGUCGGUUCGGUCAUCUCAUGCAGCGGUGUUACUACCGUUAUGAUCGUGAUGGGUAG